AUGCGGCUGCAGGUCGCAAUUCUAAGGAACCCUGACGCUGAGCAGCGGGCAAAAGAAAAGGCCGAAGCGCCGACAGUCAAGACAGAGGAGCAGAUCAAGCGUGAGGAAGAGCUCCGUGCCAAGUAUGGCACAACACCAUGGGACUCGCACCCGACCAAGGAAGCGCCCAAGAGCGUGUGGAGGCGCAAAUUCCGGCCACUGCCCGAAGCCAAGGCCGUCGACCUCUUCGCCGAUGUUGUCGGUGAUGCCUUCAUCUUGGCCGUUGCCGGAGGGCUGAUUACGUUCGAAUACUGGCGUUCGUCGCAAAAGCCAGAUAAGAAUAAAGAGAUGAUCGAGGAGCUUCAGAAGCGCGUCGAGGAGUUGCAGCAAAGGGAGCAGGAACUGCUUGAGGCUGAGCGCAGGCAACGAGAGCGUGUCGAGUUAAUUGAGCAGGCCCUAAGGGCUUUCAAAGAUCCCAAGACAAAGCAACCUCUUUUGCCUGCCCCAGCCACGGCAGCCGCUUGA